CAUCCUACAUCAAGGACCACUGGAAGACAGUUGAGAAAUGGCUAUGACGUGCUCACACUGCCCAGUCUUCUCCUCUGUCCUCGGAGGUCUCACCUUCAAAUCCCAAAGAUUUGUGCUGCUGCUGCUUUGUGCCUGUACGGUGGGCAAUGCUUCUGUAACCUGCCCUCCAGUCUGCAUUUGUGCAAGUGACAUCAUCACUUGCACCAACAAGAACCUGACCACUGUGCCAAGGACGCUUCAUAAAGUUGUGACCAGCCUGGAUGUUAGCUAUAACAGCAUCAGCCUACUUGACUUCACCUGGGCCCCUACUAUUUUAGACAGACUGAAAACCCUCAUUCUCAAUCACAACAGUAUUGAUUUCCUCUCUAGAGGGGCCUUUGCCUCUACUCCACAGCUGCGAUAUCUAGACCUGUCCUCCAACAAGCUGAAAACAUUGCAAAACUCAUCGUUUCAAGGUUUAAACUUCCUGGAAACCCUCCUGCUUUACAAUAAUCAGGUGGCCCAGCUCAGUACUGGCACUUUCGAAGGCUUGUACAAACUUCGGAAGUUAUAUCUCAGUCAGAACCUAAUCGCCCACUUCCCCUUGCACUUGUAUAAAGGGCAGUCCAGACUUCCACUACUCGAACUCUUAGAUCUGUCCUUUAACAAAUUAACCUCUGUGCCGGUCUUGCAGGUAACUGCACUGCCUGUUAGGCUGCAGAGCAGUUUGUAUCUGCAUGCAAACCCAUUUACUUGUGAUUGUUCUUUCUACACAAUGGUCACUUACUGGUAUAACAGGCGCUUUAGGUCUGCGGUGGAUUUUAAAGAUGAUUAUAGGUGUUAUUUUCAACUUGACUCCACGAGAAGUGUUAGUAUUUUGCUGAUCCAUGAUGACCUUUUGAAUUGCUCCAACAGUACUGUCAAUGGCUCCUUUCAUGCUUUGGGGCUGCAUUAUGAGGCUCACUUGGGGGAAAGACUGGUGAUAAAUUGUGACAGCAAGAUACUCGAUCCAAAUACAAGUGUUCUAUGGGUCACACCAAGGAAUAACACAUUGCAGCCAGGCAUUCAAGAUCAGGAUCUGCGGGUAUUAUUGAACGGAAGCCUUGAGAUUCAACAGGUCCAACCUGAAGAUGCAGGCACCUAUUCUUGUAUAGCAAUUAACAGCAAACGAAUGUUAAAUGAGUCGAUAGAGGUAACGCUGAGGGUGCAUAAUUUUACACAAGCUGGGCAGCGCUUGCAAACCUUUAACACUGCCUUUACCACACUCUCUUCCUGCCUCGCCAGCAUUAUUUUGGUCCUGAUCUACCUUUAUUUGACGCCUUGCCGCUGUUGGUGUAAAUCCAAGCAGAAGCACAGAAAGCCGAAUGGAAACAGUGCCCACUCUUCGAUCCUGAGCACCACUCCCUCCCAUGAAGCUGCCAGUGCAGAGAGGAAAGCCAGCAAUUGCAAGCGGGUGGUUUUCCUGGAGCCAGUCAAGGAGCCUCUGAAAGGUCAGAACGGGAAAAUGAAACUGCACCCCACCAAUCACACUGUGGCUGAAAAUAUCCUGAGGGGCAAAAGAGGCAAAGCCGACAUUGACGCUAUCAGUUCCGUGUUCUCAGAUAAGCUAAUUGUGGCAUAAUCCGAAUAUCAUGGAUGUGGUUUUAUCAGAAGUUAGAUUACUUCCAAUUAGACACAAUGAAAGAAUCGAAAGAACUGCGGACGCUGUAAAUCAGGAACAAAAACAGAAGUUGCUGGAAAAGCUCAGCAGGUCUGGCAGCAUCUGUGAAGAAAAAAUCAGAGUUAACUCUUCAGGUUUGGUGACCCUCAGAAAACUGAAAGAAUCGGCUGCCUCUCAACAUUGGCAUUUAUGGUGAAUCCUGCUUGUGGAAAGAUGAAAGCUGGACUGAAGGACAGUUCUGAUUCUUUAAUGUUAAUCAGGCUAUGUCACCUUGGAGAGAGGUUUUACAAAUCUACUUCGUUCUUGGAUCCUUCAUGAGAGCAGAAGUACACGCUGCUCUACUUUCUGAAUUCUGCAUUAUUAUCCUGGCUGUUUUGCUUGUCAUAAGUUAUAAAUAAAUUGAAAUAAAAUGAACUUGACACACA